AUGACUGACUCGAACCAAAUUUGUAUCCGACCUGAAAGAGAAAGCGAUGCGCAAGCAAUCGAUCUCGUCGUUUCAGUCGCAUUCACAAACGCGGAGCAUUCAGACCACAAUGAGCAUCACAUUGUCCGAGGCCUUCGUGAGGCGAAUUGUCUAUCCAUCUCGCUAGUCGCAGAAGACGAGGCCACGCACGCAGUUGUCGGCCAUGUCGCCGUCUCACCUGUAAAUAUCUCGGAUGGCAGUGAGGAUUGGUGCGGGCUGGGACCAAUUGCCGUCUUACCGCAGUAUCAAGGACGUGGUGUUGGGUCGUUGCUAAUGGAACGGGCGCUCGCAACCCUCCAGGCUCGCCACAGCGCUGGAUGUGUUGUCUUGGGAAACCCGAAAUAUUAUACGCGCUUUGGCUUCAGGCCAGAACCUUCUCUGCGACUACAAGGGGUGCCGCCAGAAUACUUCAUGGCUCUCACUUGGCGAAAGCCAACGCCUACGGGGACUGUCUCAUAUCACCACGCUUUUGAGCUCUCUGCAUAG